AUGGCGGCGUACAUGUGGAAAACGACAGUCUACCCAUCCGAUCUCUUCGUCGAGUCGUGCGGCGCAAUUCUAUUUGACCUCUCCGGCCCGACCAAAAAGGUCUGUCUUCUACACUACGGAGCACGAGACCAGUGGCUGCUCCCCAAGGGGCGGCGCAACUGCAACGAGACGCGCCAGGCAGCCGCGGUGCGCGAGGUGCGCGAGGAAAGCGGGUACGCCUGCGUGCUGAAACCAGUAACGAUGGCGACGCGGGCGCCCAGCGAGCUCGAGGCGGCCAACGUCCGGGACGCAGCGCGAACGUACGACGGCCUCACGGAGCCGUUUAUGCUCGAGGUGCGCGACCUUGGCGAGGGAAACGGCGUCAAGCUUGUGUGGUGGUUCGUCGCGGAGCUGGCGGGAUGGGACGACGACGGGCCGCCUGCGCACGGUGAGGCGGAGGCUCACUUCGCGCCGCAGUUCUUCGAGUGCGAAAUGGCGAUGAAGAGGCUUACUUUUCAGAAGGAUCGGGAUGUGCUGCGCAAGGCUAUCGAUCUGGCUGAGAGUUCAGGGUGGUGA